AUGGGCCGCGUCCGCACAAAGACAGUCAAGAAGUCCGCCAAGGUCAUCAUUGAGCGGUACUACCCCAAGCUCACCCUCGACUUCGAGACCAACAAGCGGAUCUGCGACGAGGUGGCCAUCAUCGCCUCCAAGCGUCUGCGUAACAAGAUUGCCGGCUAUGCUACGCAUCUGAUGAAGCGCAUUCAGCGCGGCCCCGUCCGCGGUAUCUCCUUUAAGCUCCAGGAGGAGGAGCGUGAGCGCAAGGAUCAGUACGUGCCCGAGGUCUCUGCCCUCGACUUCACCCAGCACUCGGAGAGCGGCCAGCUCGAUGUCGACACCGAGACCAAGGACCUGCUCAAGCACCUCGGCUUCGACUCCAUCCCCGUCAACGUUGUCCCCGUUACCCAGACACAGGCUAUCGAGCGUGGUAACCGGCAAUUCGGCAACCGCCCUCCUCGUCGCGAAUAA